AUGGAAGAAGCGAAGGUUUAUCUAUCUCUUUGGAAUUCUGGUCCCGUCGUUUAAUAUAAAGACCAUGACCGUCCAUCCACGUUUUGCCCAUUCUCGUCUGCCUCCCUCCAGCUUGCGUGAAUCUUCCAUUCCUCAUUCUCCUUCCUUUCACUUCCCAUCAUGGUCGAUUGGCAGUCUCCAGCAGAAGUCGCAAAAGACGGCGCCGCCUUCAGCAAAUUCAUGCAUACUUUGCUGGGGCUUUACAUUUGGGAGUUUGUCACGUCCUUGGACUUUGACUGGCAAUUCAUAUCGGGGAAAAAGCGCUUUCGUUGGCCAUUGAUCUUCUACUUUGCCGGUCGCUACUGUCUGUUCUUUGCCCUGAUAGGAAUUGCCAUCGCCUUGAACGUGACAACGCCAGUCAAUUGCCAAAGCUUGUAUACCUUUAAUCAAGUCCUUGGUAAUGCUGCCAUUGGCCUAGCAAGUAUCAACCUGUCACUGAGGACGAUUGCUGUGUGGUCUCAGAACAGGUACAUCGUCGUACCCCUCAUUGUGAUCAUCUUAGGACACUGGUCUUUCCUUCUCCACGGGAUACUGCUCAAGGCAGAAUGGGUCCCUGGCACUGGAUGCGUAAUCACAAGCACUAGUAACCGUAUCCUUGCGAUCAGUUUCAUUUACUCAAUGACAUUCGACUUCACUGUUCUUUGCCUUACCGGGUGGAAACUUGCGUUUCCUUCGAAUGGUCGCUCAAAACUUAUCACCCUUAUCUUCGGUGAUGGUCUGAUUUAUUUCAUCAUUGCAUUUUUGGCCAAUUUACUUGCUACAAUUUUCAUGCUCCUGAACCUCAACGCAGUCAUGUCCAUCAUUGCUAAUGUUCCCGCAGCCAUCGCAUCAACUAUUGUAGCAUGCCGAGCAGUUCGCAGGUUGACAAACUACACUGCUCAAGGUCCAGAGGUCUUUGCCACCACUACGCAAGGCUCGACACUUGCUUUCCGCAGUAACCUUACACACACCUCUCGUCGUAUUUCCAUGAAGAAAGGUGAUCACGUGCACGUUCAGGUGGACACAUUCACCGACCAAGGUGAUAAGCCCUUGGGGGAAUACGACGCCACCGGCAAGAUCAUCAAAGGGGAUGAAUUCGACCCAGAGGCACAGAUCAUCAGUGACGAGUUCAAGCGCCCUCCUUACUAGACACCGUCUCCAACGUUCAUGUAUACCAUCAAAAUCAACAAGAUAUUUUCCUUGCACCAGUAUCAAAAUGCAUUCUCCGCGCUAUCGCCCGUAUUUUCGUCCUACGAUUUCCGUCUUCCCCUCAUUUUUCCCCAGAUAGUUUGUCUUCGGCGGCACAACUGACCCUUGGGUUUGCAUAAAUAUCCAUACCCCCCACUAUCUUUGCCAACACACAUUCGUUCUCGAUAUACACUCAUUUUGCUUCUCGUAGCAUCCUCCUCAUUCGUUUUCGCACUCUCGUUUAUAUGGUCUGGACAUUGUUCCUUCUGGGUUAUGCAUCGCUUUCGGACUCGCUAUCUUCAUCUUAUACUUU